AGCGACACACUACCUCAAAGUUAUAGUCUAGUUACAUAUUUUCCCCCAAAGAUAUGGACCUACCAGAUAUAGAUUGUAUAGUCUCAAACACUGUGAAUGGCUCUCAUGUUAGUUAAAUCUCCAGUGGAGUCAACAGGAGUUCAUGGUCAGGAAGCCACUUUCUCAACCACUGAGCCUCAGCAACAAGGCAGCAGCACACACUCGGCUGAAGCUCCUCCACUGACUGCCGUGCACACAAAGUGAAGCUCAUUGUUCAUUAAGGGAGCAGAUUUUUGUUUUUUUGUUUCUGUUGCAUGAUUGAUCCGCAGAGGACAAACACUUCCCCAGUCUGCUCUGGGACCAGGAACCUUUUGAGGAGCUGUCUGUGUUUCCACUGCAGGGACCAGGGUCUAAAUUAAGUUCCAGGAACAUUAUUUUACCCCCUAGAGAGAAGGGCCUACUCCAGGGGUGGUACUUUCCAAAGUACGGGAACUUUUCUGAUUGGUUGAAUACUCAGCAUUUUAUUUCAACCUCCAUUUUUCUGCAGUCACAAAGAAGUUUAUUUUCUGUUCAUUGUGCUGUGAAACAUCAUCAUGGAGUUACAGAGGAAGUCAUAUGACAGAAUCUGGACCAACAAUGAAGUCCAGGCCUUACUGAGCAUCUACGCCGAGGACGAAAUCCAGACAGAACUGGGAACGUCAACGUGCAAAAAAAUGGUGUACGACAAAAUCUCUUGCAAGUUAAGUGAGCUAAACAUCGUUCAUACCCCGAAACAGUGCCGGGAGAAGCUAAAAAAAUUAAAACAAGAUUACAGGAGGAUUAAGGACCACAAUAACAGAAGCGGCGAUGACCAGCGGACCGGCAAGUGGUUUGAGCAUCUGGAUGCAGUGCUGGGCCACAAGACCAGAGACUCAGAUGCCGUGCUGAUGGAGGCCAUGGCUGAGGAGGAUGAAGAUGUGCCAAGGUGCUAUUGGUCACAGGCUGAGAUCCAGGCGUUGGUGACACUUUGGGCAAAUCCAAGUGUCCAAGAGCAGCUUCGUCACAGCUUGAAGAACGAGAAAGUUUUUGCCAGCCUCAGCGCCAGACUGGCGUCGCUCGGAUUCAGCAAGACACCCAACAGGUGCAGAGAGAAAAUCAAAAAGCUGAAAGUAGAAUACAGGAAGAUCAAGAAACACAAUUGCAGAGGCAGCACCGACAAAGAGUAUGGACGUGUAUGGUUUGCAAUAAUGGAUGAUGUCCUCAGUUACCAACCUGGGGCAGCAACACAAAACUCAGAGCCAAUGGAGCUGCCCAGAGCAGAGCCUUCGCUGUCACUGCCCCCUGAGGCCCAGCCUUUCCUCAGUGUGAAGGCUGGUGUAAAAAAGCCAAACGCCUGGGCAAACAACGAGCUUCAAGCGCUGCUGAGACUUUGGGCUGACAAAAGCGUUCAAAAGCAGCUUCGAUCAACAGCGAGGAACAACAAAAUCUUCAUCCAGCUGAGUUCACAGCUCGCAGCCCUGGGCUUUUACAAACCACCACUUCGAUGUAGGGAAAAAAUAAAAAAGUUGAAGCACGAAUAUAAAAAAAUCAAGCUCUCAGGGCGUCCCUGCAGUCAUCGAGAAAAACGAUGGUUUUCCAUCGUGGAUAGUGUGCUUAACCCUCACUUUGCAGCAGGUGAGGCGCCUGUAGACUCAGACUCCAGGCCUUCUUGCUUAGAAUUUGACAAAUCAGAGAAAAGUCCAUCUUGGUCAUCUAAUGAAGUUCCAGAUGUACUUGGUUACCAGCCGGGAACUUUGGGAUUAGAGCCUAUAAAUUCCCCCAUGAGUGAUUCCUUCGAACUGCCAGAUUUUAAUGCAGACGCCGGGACGGAGUGUAUCACUUGGUCACCUCAGGAAGUUGACGACUUGGUGAUGCUUUGGGCGGACAACAACGUGCAGAAGCAGCUUCUCUCCACAUACGAAAAUAAGAGAAUCUUCACCAGUUUAAGCUCCCAGCUCAUGAUGAUGGGCUACAACAAGACUGCCAGUCAGUGCCAAGCCGAAAUCAAAACGCUUAAGCACGAGUAUAGAAGAGCGAAGGACACUGGAGACUUGAGCCACCAACACGGCAAGUGGUUCAUCAUUAUGGAUGAUGUCCUCAGUCAUCAGCCAGAAACACUGUCAUCUGAAGAGGCGGAUUCUGCUGAAACACCCCUCAAAUCCAUCCAACCCACCUGGUCUGUAAAGGUGGAGAAUUCAGAGGGUCCGAGCAUUUCUCUUGAUUCAUCUGGAUGUGAUCUGAAAACCUUCCCUCCAGCUUUAGAACCAGCUUUCGAGGACGCUCCUCUUGAAGAUAAAAACCACUGCACAUGGUUGCCUGAUGAAGUUCAGGUCUUUCUGACCCUCUGGGCACAGCCAAACAUUCAGGAGCAGCUUCUCUCGACAGUAAGAAACAACAAAGUGUUCACCUACAUCAGCAACCAGCUCGCCACGGUGGGGUUCCACAAGACGGCGAAUCAGUGCAGGAUAAAAGUAAAAAAACUGAAGCAGUGCUACAAAAAACUCAAGUGCAUGCAAGACAAACAAAAUGACAGCAAAUGGUUUGCUAUCAUGGAUAGUGUCCUUGACCCAGGAGGAGAAAACGCAGAAACUGAGACAAGUGAGCUGAGGGAGGUGGACUUACCUACAAUGCUGACACAUCCCGGAUCCCCUGAACAUGAUCAUAUGAAUGAUAAUAUAAGGACUAGUUGGACACCUGACGAAGUCCAAAUACUGCUCACCUGGUGGGCACAGGACAGCAUCCGGGAGACGCUUAUGACAAAGGUGGGAAAUGAGAAAGUGUACGCCCAAGUGAGCUCAGAGCUUGCCGCCCUGGGUUUUAAUAAAACCACGAACCAGUGUCGCUUUAAGCUAAAAAAGCUGAAACAGGAGUACAAAAAGGUCAAAGACCAGAAAGACUCUAAACGUAGAGAAAGCACAUGGUUUGUCAUCAUGGAUAAUAUCCUCAACUGUCAAGAACAAGAGCUCGAGAUGGAGAAAGCAGCAGAAGUGACAGAUUCAGCUCCUCCAUUGCUGGAGAAAUCACAGCAUGGCUUCCCUGAACCAGUGGAGGACAAAGGUGGCCAGUUGUCCCUAUCCACUUUGUCUCUUUUGGUGCCCACCUUGCGUCUGAUGUGUGCGUUUGCAUGGCAAGUGGUUCAGCACUGUAAUGUGCUGCAUUAUGGAAAAGUGGAGGAGCUGGUCAGACUGGUGACAGAGCUGGUCCCAGGGCUGCUGACUCCCAGGGAGAAGGCUCAGCUCCUGCUCAGACUGAGGGCACGGCUGGUGUUGGAGUUGUGUCGCAGUGAGAAGACAGCCAACCUGCAGGUCAUCCAGCCCCACCUGGAGGUGAUACAUAGCUUGACCAAAGACUCCAGCUACGACCAGGAGGACAGUGAGGAGCCGGAGAACUCAAAGUCAGACUUUGUGGAGAUUAUUCACACCUUGCUGAAUAACCCAGAGGAAAAGGAAACUUUUUUCAAGGAGGUCUUCCCCGUCCGUUAUGGUCAACAGUAUGAAGCAACGUUACACUCAAUAGUGUGGAAAUUCAUCUCCAGAGUGGAUGAACUGUUGCCGAUACCAGAUGUUAAACAGACAGCAGUGUGGCUCAGUGGCGCCCCCAUUGCCAUGGAGGAAUGUGGCCAACUGGUUUUAGAGCCACAUCAACUGAAGACGCUGCUUCAUCACCAACACAGACAAAACAACAUGGAACAAUCAAAAGUCACUUCAGGGCAGAUCAAUGAAAGCAGAAGUGAAUGCACGAGAUACAGAGCAGAACCAGUGUCAGAUGGGAACGAGGAAGAUGAAGGACAAUCUGAUCACUGCAGAGAGGAGGAGGAGGAGGAGGAGGAGGCUGCUGAAGAAAAGCAAAGUGACGAUGAAUGGACUCCACAGGACUGGAGCCAAACCAGUGAUGUGCUGGAGCUGGAAGAUCAGCAGAAGGAGACCCUGGCUGCUGUGAAGCAGUCAGCAGAACCAAGGGAGGUCCCUUCAGGGCAGAUCAACGAAAGCAGAAGUGAAUGCACAGAGCAGAGAUACAGAGCAGAACCAGUGUCAGAUGGGAACGAGGAAGAUGAAGGACAAUCUGAUCGCUGCAGAGAGGAGGAGGAGGAGGAGGAGGCUGUUGAAGAAAAGCAAAGUGACGAUGAAUGGACUCCACAGGACUCGAGCCAAACCACUGAAGUGCUGGAGCUGGAAGAUCAGCAGAUGGAGACCCUGGCUGCUGUGAAGCAGUCAGAUGUCAACAAUGUCCCUCCAUCAAGACUGCACAGCUGCUCUUUGUGUCCCUUCACUCACAGCCAAGUGGCAGGUCUUCUACAGCACAUCAGGCAGCAACAUCUGGUAAAGGAGCCCAACCACGUGACCCCUGCAGCUCCUCAGACGGACACUGAAGUGUGCAGUAAACACACGUGUCACCAGUGUGGGAUGGUCUUCACAACGCUACAUUUUCUGGCCCACCACAUGAGAACCCACUCUCUGCCGUUCCGCUGCAACCAGUGCAACAAGAUAUACUCCCGCAAGGAGUAUCUGAUCAAGCACCAGCUAACUCACACAGGUGAAAGGCCGCACAAGUGUCCUCAUUGCGGCAGAGGCUUCACACAUCUAGCCAUUCUGAAGAGCCACGUGCGCACUCACACAGGAGACCGGCCUUAUAUAUGUCACAUUUGUGGGAAGACUUCAGCUCAGCAUCUGGCCAGACACAUUUUGAUGCACAAAGGGGAAAAGAACUAUCUGUGUACAGAGUGCGGGAAGGCUUUUCUCUCGUCUGGGGAGUUGAGGCUGCACAUGAGAUAUCACACCGGUGAGCGGCCUUACACAUGCAAGUACUGUGGGAAAGGAUACAUCGCAAAGACCCACUUGACAAUUCACAUGCGAGUACACACCGGAGAGCGUCCUUACAGUUGCAGUCAGUGCCCUAAAUCAUUUACCACCACCAAUUUGUUGAAAAGACACAGUUUCACUCACUAUGACAAGAAACCUUUUCAGUGUUUCAAGUGUGGGAAAGGAUUUGUGCGAGCACAUGCGAUGAAAACUCAUAUUCGGACACGCAGAUGUAAAUGAGAGCAGAUGCAAUAAUACAUGUAGCCUACUACAUAAUAAUUGUAUUUUAUUCUCUUUUAUAUCAUGAGCGAUUUAAACAAGCUGUCUGGUCAAAGAUGUGCUUGGCAAGGCAUGCUCUAUUUUUUUACUUUUACAACACUUGUAGUAACCAGAAAAGUAGUUGAUGUAUAGUUUUUUGGGAAGAGGGCCUUAAGUACAGUAACUACAGUAUAUGUGUUGUUAUAUACAAGGUAUAAUAAACUGUGGUGCAUUUAAGACUUCA